AUGUCCGACAAAACACCUUUCCUGAUUUCGGAUAGAAUUUACUCUCUGAUGCCAGAAACUCGCCGUCAGGCUUUACGCAGUUAUCAAGAAAGAUCUAUGGGUAUGGGCAUAUCCUCAAAGGUGUUUCAGGGUUCCCAAGUCUCGUUACAGCCAACCGCAUCUGAAUUCCUUAACGCUAAGAUAGCCAGUCUUCAGGAGGAGAAGGCUUAA